AAUGUGUCAACCAUGUACCGAGGAGGCAAAAGACGUCAGCUGCGCUAAAUUAGAAAAACCAUCAUGAUUCCCAUCACAGAGCUGCGGUACUUUGCUGACACCCAGCCAGCUUACCGCAUCUUGAAGCCAUGGUGGGAUGUUUUCACGGAUUACAUCUCAAUCGUCAUGCUUAUGAUUGCAGUGUUUGGUGGCACAUUGCAGGUCACACAGGACAAGAUGAUCUGCCUGCCUUGCAAGUGGGUGGUUAACAGGACCUGUGAAACCAUCCCUAUCCCUAAUGUGACUAUCCCCUAUGCUCUGGAACCCAAAGGCAUCAAGUAUGACCUUGACCGCCACCAGUAUAACUAUGUUGAUGCAGUCUGCUAUGAGAACAAGCUUCAUUGGUUUGCCAAGUAUUUUCCUUACCUGGUCCUACUUCAUACUCUAAUUUUCCUGGCCUGCAGCAACUUCUGGUUCAAGUUUCCCCGGACCAGCUCGAAACUGGAGCACUUUGUCUCCAUCCUUCUCAAAUGCUUUGACUCCCCAUGGACAACGAGAGCUUUGUCUGAGACUGUAGUAGAGGAAAGUGACCCUAAGCCUCUGGCUAAAAUGAAUGGCUCCAUGGACAAGAAGGCCUCAUGUGUGAGUGAAGAUGUGGAGGCUAGUGUGCCAAUGCUCCAACGUACAAAGUCUAGAAUCGAACAAGGAAUUGUAGAUCGCUCUGAGACUGGGGUACUAGACAAAAAGGAAGGAGAACAGGCCAAGGCCCUUUUUGAGAAAGUGAAGAAGUUCAGAGUCCAUGUAGAGGAAGGUGACAUAGUCUAUCGUCUCUAUAUACGUCAGACCAUCAUCAAAGUAAUCAAGUUCAUAUUGAUUAUUUGCUACACAGCCUAUUAUGUACGCUAUAUCAAAUUCAGUGUGGUUUGCACAGUAGACAUUGAGAAGUUAACAGGGUACAGCAUGUAUCAUUGUGCUCACCCCUUAGCAACUCUUUUCAAGAUUUUGGCCUGUUUUUAUAUCAGUUUGGUGGUGGUUUAUGGUCUUAUCUGCAUGUAUACACUUUGCUGGAUGCUCGGUCGCUCCCUUAAACGGUACUCCUUUGAAUCAAUCCGUGAGGAGAGUAGCUACAGUGACAUUCCUGAUGUGAAGAACGACUUUGCUUUCAUGUUGCACAUGAUAGAUCAGUAUGACCCUCUAUACUCCAAACGCUUUGCAGUUUUUCUUUCCGAGGUGAGCGAGAACAAACUGAGGCAGCUGAACCUGAACAAUGAGUGGACAUUGGAGAAGUUGAGGCAACGCAUUACAAAGAACUCCCAGGAGAAGCUGGAGCUGCAUCUGUUCAUGCUGAGUGGGAUCCCGGAUACAGUGUUUGACCUACUGGAGCUUGAAGUGCUUAAGCUUGAGCUUAUUCCUGAUGUUACCAUCCCUCCUAUCAUUGCCCAGCUGGCCAGCCUGAGGGAGAUGUGGCUCUACCACACACCAGCGAAAAUUGAGGCUCCAGCUUUGGCUUUUCUAAGAGAGAACCUCAAGUCCCUCCACAUCAAGUUCACUGACAUCAAGGAGAUCCCUCUUUGGAUCUACAGCCUUAAGAACCUCAGUGAGUUACAUCUAACUGGGAACCUGAGCGCUGAGAACAACCGCUACAUUGUGAUUGAUGGUCUACGGGAGCUUAAGAGGCUAAAAGUGCUGCGAUUGAAGAGCAAUCUGACAAAACUGCCUCAGGUGGUGACAGAUGUGGGUGUCCACCUCCAAAAGCUCUCCAUCAACAAUGAAGGUACCAAGCUUAUGGUGCUCAACAGCCUGAAGAAAAUGGUUAACCUAACAGAGCUGGAGCUAGUGCGUUGUGACCUUGAGCGCAUUCCACACUCCAUCUUUAGUCUGCACAACCUGCAGGAGAUUGAUCUUAAAGACAACAAUCUAAAGACGAUUGAGGAGAUCAUCAGCUUUCAGCACCUGCACCGCCUGGUAUGCCUGAAGCUGUGGUACAACCAGAUUGCCUAUAUUCCCAUUCAGAUAGGCACCCUCACCAACCUGGAAAGGCUCUAUCUUAACAGGAACAAGAUAGAGAAGAUACCCAGCCAGCUUUUCUUCUGCCGUAAGCUGCGCUUCUUAGAUCUGAGUCACAACAACCUGACCAGCAUCCAUGCUGAUGUGGGUUUCCUCCAGAACCUGCAGUACUUUGCUGUGACAGCAAACAGGAUUGAGACUUUGCCCCCGGAGCUGUUCCAGUGUAAGAAGCUACGCACUCUGAAUCUGGGGAACAACUGCCUGCAGACUUUGCCGUCUCGCUUUGGGGAACUCACUGGGCUGACUCAGCUAGAGUUGCGGGGAAACCGGCUGGAGUGUCUUCCAGUGGAGCUGGGCGAGUGUCGACUGUUGAAGAGGGGCGGUCUGGUGGUGGAGGAGGACUUGUUCAACACACUGCCGUCUGAAGUCAAAGAGCAGCUAUGGAGAGCUGAUAAGGAGCAAGCCUGAGCGAAAGUUCAGUGGAGAGCUGCUGAAAGUGAGAAGCUUGACUGUAAAAAAAAAAAAAGAAAAAAAAAGGAGCUGCAAGCAGGAAAAACAGUCAAAAAGUAAAUGGGAUAGGAAAUCUGAGAGGUUUACAGCACUGCUGGCCUCGUGAGUUCAGGAAAGCUAUGUUUGAUGAUUUGGUAUCUCUGGGCUGUUAAAGUGUCUCAUACUGAAGACCUGCAGGUCUUCAGACCACACAAUUGGGUCUGGUCUGUUUAUGUUUCUGGGUUGUUUUCCCUCAGUGCCUGCUGAAUUGCAGCAGCAGUUAGUAAGAAGGCCAAUUACUUCACACAGAAUUAUUGUUUAUUCCAUGCAGACAUAGUUUUCAGCCCAUACAUAUUCAAAACACAACUCUAAUCUUUUGCCGUCUCGCACCAUAGUAAAAAAUGGCAAAUCAAGAUGGCGAAAAGAAAAAUGUUCAG